GAGAACAAGACAAAUCCAAAGAAGAAAAUAGAAGUUGUUGUUGUUCAGGCUCCUCCUUAAUUACUAAUUUCUCUCGUGCGCGCGCGUGUGCGCGUCCCCUCUCUUUCUCUCUCUCUCUUUCUCUCUCUCUCAUCCCCUUGCGCGCAGUGCGCUCGCGCUGUCACUCAAGUAGUUUCCCGCCAGGACAGCACAGGACGGGACAGGACGGGACGGGACGGGACGGCAGGCGGACACGAGGGGACUUUUCUUCUGGUUGCUAUACGGUUUUUCCGUAAAAGUGGGCUCGCUGCUAACUUUUUUUUUUUUUUUUUUUCCUGGGGGUGGGGGUGCCGGCAUGGAGGACGCGAAGGAGCCGGUGAGAUGUUCGUCGUCGUUCAGUAUCAAAAGCCUCUUGCUGCCGUCCAAGUGCGAGGCUCGCGCCGACUCUUUCGCUUCCGGGACGCCGCUUCUCGAGCCUCUUUCCCCGGGCUCCGACGCCGAGAGGUCGCCGGGAGGAGCCGGGGGCUCGGACCCGGACAAGGCGCCGCAGGAGGACGGCAUUAAGGCGGAGGAGUCGGCUGCCGCACCUGAAGACACCGGUACCGGCACCGGUUCGUCGUCGGCGGCCAAGAACGGCAAAUACGACAAGCCGCCCUUCUCGUACAACGCGCUGAUAAUGAUGGCGAUUCGCCAAAGCCCCGAGAAGCGCCUGACGCUUAACGGCAUCUACGAGUUCAUUAUGAAGAACUUCCCCUUCUACCGCGAGCACAAGCAGGGUUGGCAGAACUCCAUCCGCCACAAUCUGAGCCUCAACAAGUGCUUCGUCAAGGUGCCGCGUCAUUACGACGACCCGGGCAAGGGCAACUACUGGAUGUUAGACCCCAGCAGCGACGACGUCUUCAUCGGCGGCACCACCGGCAAGCUCCGCCGGCGCUCGGCCACCUCGCGGGGGAAGCUGGCCAUCAAGCGCGGCCUGCGCUUCGCCCCGCUCGGCUUGGGUGUCAACGAACGACCGGGCAACCCGCUGUACUGGCAGAUCUCGCCCUUCCUCUCCCUGCACCACCACCAUCACCACGCGCACGCGCACCCGCACUCGCACCCGCACCCGCACUACAACGGCUCGUCGCCGGCUUUCCUCAACCAGGCGGCCGGCUACGGUUCGCUGCUGCCCGGCGUGGAGCAGCUGGCCAACGGGGACUUGAGCCGCGGCGGAGGCGGCGGCGGCGCGCUCGGACUCACGAACUCGUACGGCGUCGGCGCAUCGCUGCUGUCCGCGGCGCCGAGCUACUUCGUCUCGGGGAGCCAGCCGCCGGGCCCGCCCGGGGGUGCCGCAGCUCCGCCGCCGGCCCCGCACCUGCAGCAGGGCGCGACCGGCUACGGGGGGCUUUCGAGCGGCGGGAACGGCGGCGGCAGUCCACCGCACUCACACUCGCACCCGCACUCGCACCCGCACUCGCUGCUCUCGGACUCGCUGAGAAGCGGCUCGGUGGCGGCCUUCUCGCAGUCGGCCGUGUCGGCUGCGGCGGCGGCCUUCCCGGGCGUGCUGGGCCACCAGAAAAGGGUCACCCCCAGCGCCUUCCUAAACUGAAACAGAAAACCACCCACCCGACCCUGUUUUUUUCUCGGUCACCCAACCGACCGACAAAAAAAAAAAAAAAAAAAAAAAAAAAACUAUAAAUCUCUAUUUAAAAGUAUGGAAGUCGCUUAAUCGGCUCCCGACUGAUUUCUUUUGUUGAGCAAAAAGGGACAAAGUUGGGUUGCCUAAGGCGAUCAAAAAGUAUAUUUAUAUCCACUUGCUUGUUAUUUAUGAGAAGCUUUUUUGUAUUUAUUGUAUUUAAAAUGUCUAUGAUGCGGCCUCAAAGCGGACAAACUAUUAUUUAUUAAAUAUUAGUAUAGCGGCAGACAAUCGACUUUUCGGCAGGAAUUGUUAUAACAAUAUGAUACAACACUACUCGUAAACGAGCCUUAAAUGUGCGAAGACAAUUAGGGUUAUGCAAAACAAUCUCUUUUUACUAUUAUUUGAAUUCUCAGGUCAUCAUGCCUCGAAUCAUUUUCACGGAAUUCUGCAGAACUUUAAAAACUCAUCACGCGUGUAAAAUUAACGCAUAAAAACGCUUUGUCUUAUGUGUGUGUGAGGAAGUGGGGGUGUGUGUGCGCGCGUGUGGGAGUGAGUGAGAUUUUCACCGAGGGCAGCUGUACUAAAUGAAAAAAAAUAUAUAUAUAAAUUAUUAUGAAGUAUUAGUAACUCAUUAGCGCCAUUGACGGUGAUAGACGUCCAAAAACAAAUGCUCAUUUACUGUACACCAGCCUAGUUCAAAUGGAUUGGGAUGUCUAAACGCAUUGAUGUUAUUAUUAUCAUUUUUUUGGUCUAGAAUUGAAGAUUGGACGUCUAUGAUCGUCAAUGGCACUGAGAGAGUUAACUCUCAUCACUUUUUCUUUUCUACCUGGGAAUCACACAUACACACGUAUACAGGUGGACCUCAUCUUCUGACCCAAGAUGGCCGCGUUGCCAUAGAAACGUCACACUCUCGGCACGAAUUGUGCUGCUUUUGAGGAUUUUUUUGUUUGUUUUGGUUCAUGUUUUUGUUGCAGAUUUUGUUUGGAUUGUGUUGAGUUUGUUGUCGUUAGUUUUCCAAAUGUGCAUCGACAGGAAAUUUCUUGUUUUCUCGGCUUGUUUUUUCCACUGGAACUGCUAAGUAGAUUUGGUUUCUUUGUUUUCCACGGAGUAUGAGGUUAUUUAAAAAAAUAAAAAUUAAAAAAAAAAUCAACACGAGACUGCAUAAUCUGAAAAUGAAGAAAUUCGAAGCUGCUGGACUUUGGAAAUAUUGGAUAUUUUUGACUUCAUCACAAUUUUUCUUGGGAAAAUAAAAAUGGAAAUCUGUGUUGAUUGACGUUUGACAUCAGCAAAUAGUGAGGACGCAAAUGCUGGAUCGAUUGGAGCUGAACACAACCUCGUCACACCUUUCGGAUUUUGUUUUUUAUGCUUCCGUUAUUUUCUUGGCAAUUUUUGUGGUUAGUUGAAUUUGUAUGUGACGUCUCGUUUGUUUGUUUUUCCCGCUCUGGACAAACGCAACUUGAUUAAAAAGGAGGAGAGAAAAAAAUGGCAAUUUUCAUGUGUGAU